AUGUCCCAUCAUUCAAAUCAGGAUAGUCAGAGACACACGAAAACAUUGUCUGAACGGCUGAACUUGUUUCCAGAACUUAAUUUUUCACUCCAGAAGCUGUUGUUUGUGCUGGUGGAAUUUGCUUUAGUGCCUCUGGCAAUGUGUAAGCUUCCUCUCGGUAAAUGCCCCAUCAGGGAUCCUCUUCCUAUCACUCACAGAUACUAUAAAUCAGGAGAUCUUGUCAUUGCUGCCGUUCUGUCCCAGAUCUACAUUGUUAUCAAUCCAAUCACAUUUGAAAAACGUCCCUCGGAGGAACUGUUCGCUGACUUUGUGUUCCUGACUCACAACUACCAGCACGUCCUAGCCUUGGAUUUUGCUGUGAAGCAGAUCAAUGAAAAUCCUCAGCUCUUACCCAACAGCACUCUGGGGUUUGACAUCUACAACAGCCAUUUCAAUCCAAGUAGGACCUAUCUUGCCUCAAUGGAUCUUAUCUCCACACACGGCAGGUUCGUCCCCAACUUCAAGUCUGCUGCCCAGAACCGUCCAGUUGCAGCCAUCACAGGACCUAACUCUGACAUUUGUCUCUAUGCAGCAACUAUUCUGUGCUUUUACAAGAUCCCACAGUGGACAUGGAUUGGGAUGGUUUCUCUGUCUGAUGAGACAGGAGAAAGAUUUGUACAGGAGAUGGUUCCUAUGCUAUCUGAGAAUGGCAUCUGUGUGGACUUCAUAAUCAAUACACCAGAAGUAACAUUUUCCAGUGACAUUGCUGAAGGAAUGGCUGAGGGGGUUGAAACGUACAAAAUUGUCAUGGGAAGCACUGCCAAAGUUUUGGUCGUCCAUGGGGAAAUUUACACCAUGAUCGCUUUAAGAUUUUUCUUCCAUCUCCCAGAAUUUCAGGAUACCCCACUCAAUGAAACAGCUAAACUCUGGAUUAUGACAGCUGAGAUGGACUUCACCGCUCUACCCUUUCAAAGAAGUUCGGACAUCAGUUCUGUCCACGGUGCCCUAUCCUUUGCAGUUCACUCAGUGGAGCUCUCAGGAUUCCAGAAAUUUAUUCAGGAGAGAAAGAUUAACUCUGGAGAAAAGGAUGGCUUCCUCAGACCAUUCUGGCAAGAGACUUUUCUUUGCUCGUUCUUAAACUCCGCAGCAGUCCAGAGGGAUGGAGAAAUCUGUACUGGAGAGGAGAAACUGAAGGACCUGCCUGGAUCUGUUUUUGAAACCAUCACAACUGCCCACAGCUACAGCAUCUACAAUGGAGUUUAUACUCUGGCCCAUGCUUUGCAAGAUUGGCAGUUCUCUGGUUCUAGACACAGAACGGUGUUGUUUCUGGUGGUUGAAAUUGCAUUAGUGCCUCUGGCAAUGUGUAAGGUUUCUCUUAGUAAAUGCCCCAUCAGGGAUCCUCUUCCUAUUGUUCACAAAUACUAUAAAUCAGGGGAUCUCGUCAUUGCUGCCAUUCUGUCCCAGAUCUACAUUGCUAUCGAUCCAAUCACAUUCGAAAAAUGUCCCUCUGAGGAACUGUUUGCUGACCUUUCCCAUUUCGAUCCAAGGUGGACCUAUCUUGCCUCAAUGGAACUUCUCUCCACACAGGGCAGGUUCAUCCCCAACUACAAGUCUGCUGCCCAGAGCCGUCCCGUCGCAGCCAUAACAGGGCCUAACUCUGACAUCUGUGUCUACGCGGCAACCAUUCUGUGCACCUACAAGAUCCCACAGAUCUCAUAUGGCUCUGCACCCAGGACAGAUAACAAAAUGCAAGCUGUUUUCUUUCACCAAAUGUUCCCAAGCCAGACCCAUCAAAAUAUAGGGAUUCUUCACCUUCUGUUAUAUUUCAAGUGGACGUGGAUUGGGAUGAUUUCUCUGUCUGAUGAGACAGGAGAGCGAUUUGUACAGGACAUGGUUCCUAUGCUGUCUCAGAAUGGCAUCUGUGUGGACUUCAUCGCCAUAAUCCCAGAUGUAGCAUUUUCCAGUGAAGCUGCUGAGGGAAUGGCUAAGGGGGUUGAAAUGUACAAAGUUGUCAUGGGAAGCACUGCCAAAGUUUUGGUCCUCCAUGGGGAAAUUCACAUCAUGAUCAUUUUAAGAUUGCUCCUCCAACUUCCAGAAACGUAUUACAUACCACUCAAUGCAACCGGUAAACUCUGGGUUAUGACAGCUCAGAUGGACUUCACCUCUCUACCCUUUCAAAGAAACUUCGACAUCAGUUCUAUCCAUGGUGCCAUAUCCUUCGCAGUUCACUCAGUGGAGCUCUCAGGAUUCCAGGAAUUUAUUCAGGAGAGAAAGAUUAACUCUGAAGAAAAAGAUGGCUUCCUCAGACUAUUCUGGCAAGAGACUUUUCUUUGUUCAUUCUUAAACUCCGCAGCAGUCCAGAAGGAUGGAGAAAUCUGUACUGGAGAGGAGAAACUGAAGGACCUUCCUGGAUCUGUUUUUGAAACCAUCACAACUGCCCACAGCUACAGCAUCUACAACGGAGUGUAUGCUCUGGCGCAUGCUUUGCAAGAUUGGCAGUUCUCCAGUUUCAGACGCAGAAUAACAGCACACGGCGGGCAAUGGAAUCUUCUAGAUCAAGAGGGGUGGCAGAUCGACCACUUUCUGAGAAGUGUCUCCUUCAACAACAGUGCUGGGGAAAGCAUUUCCUUCAACGCAAAUGGGGAAUUAGUAACCGACUUUGAUAUUGUCAACUGGGUCACCUUCCCAAAUCAGUCCUUUCUUCGAGUCAAAGUGGGAAAGGCCGACUCAACGGCUCUUCCACAAAAAAUGUUCUCCAUUAAUGACAAGGCCAUUGUAUGGCCGGCUAUGUUCAACCAGGUGCAGCCCCUUUCGGUUUGCAAUGAAUACUGCUGUUCUGGUUACAGCAAAAGAAUGAUCGAAGGCAGACCUUUUUGCUGUUAUGACUGUAUUCCGUGUCCACCAGGGAAGAUUUCAAAUGAGAAGGAUAUGAAUGAAUGUUUUGAGUGUCCUGAAAGUCAGUAUCCAAACAAAGGCCAGAAUUCAUGCAUACCGAAAGAGAUCAGCUUUUUGUCUUAUGGAGAACCUUUGGGUAUCAGCUUGGCUGUUGUCACUCUUUCCUUCUCUUUCAUCACAGCUGUGGUGCUCGGGAUCUUUAUUAAGCACCGGGAAACUCCCAUAGUCAAAGCCAACAACCGGGACCUCACCUACACUCUCCUCAUCUCCCUCCUCUUGUCUUUCCUUUGUGUUUUGCUGUUCAUUGGCCAGCCUGAGAAGUGGACCUGUCUCCUUCGACAAACGGCUUUCGGCAUUAUCUUCUCAGUGGCUGUUUCUUGUGUUUUAGCCAAAACAGUCAUUGUGGUUCUGGCUUUCAUGGCCGCAAAACCAGGAUCCAGAAUGAGGAGAUGGCUGGGGAAAAAAUUGGCCAGUUCCAUUGUCCUUGCAUGUUCCCUUUUCCAAGCUACUAUCUGUACCGUGUGGUUAGCAACAUGUCCCCCCUUCCCUGGUUUUGACAUGCACUCAAUGACGGAGACAAUUGUGUUGGAAUGUAAGGAGGGCUCAGCCACCAUGUUUUACAGUGUCCUGAGCUUUCUUGGCUUCCUGGCCAUCGUCAGCUUCACUGUGGCUUUCUUAGCCAGGAAGUUACCGGACAGUUUCAACGAAGCCAAGUUCAUCACCUUCAGCAUGUUGGUCUUUUGCAGUGUGUGGGUCUCCUUCGUUCCAACCUACUUGAGCACCAAGGGCAAAUCCAUGGUGGCUGUGGAGAUCUUCUCCAUCUUAACCUCCAGUGCUGGGCUACUGACCUGCAUCUUCUUCCCAAAAUGCUACAUCAUUAUAGAAAGACCUGAGAUGAACAAAAGAGGACAGUUGAUAAAAAUAAAAACUUAG